AUGGCCACCACUGACAAAAACAACUACUUUCGGUUGGUGAUACCGAAGAAUGUGAUGAGACACGACCAGUGCAAGGUUUAUUCGGUGAAGUCACAAGACAAGAGUUGCAUUAAGCCAUCGAAUCUGAAUGACGAUGUGGAUGGGGCAAAGUUGAAGCCUUAUGAGUGGUGGAGCAUCAAGAUGAAGACCUUGCUCAGAUCGCAGGAGCUAUGGGACUUGGUGGAGUACGGGUUCGUUGAUAUAUCAGAACCCACAAUUGAAGAAGAGGAGACACUAAGGGAAACCAAGAAAAAUGAUGUCAAUGCUCUAUUCAUUAUUCAGCAAGCAGUUCAUGAGACUAUCUUUUCACGAAUUGCAGCAGCAACUACAUCAAAGCAAGCAUGGUCAAUUCUACUGAAGGAGUUUGAGGGAGAUUCAAAAGUCAAAAUCACAACAAUGACAAUAGUCAGUCCGAUGCGUACCUAUGGAGAGAAAAUUUCAGACGAAACAAUUGUUGCAAAGGUGUUGAGAAGCUUGACUCCAAAGUUUGACCAUGUGGCGACUACCAUAGAAGAAGCUACUAAGGAUCUAUCAAUACUCUCCGUUGAUGAACUGAUGGGUUUGCUUCAGGCUCAUGAGUCAAGAAUCAAUAAAUCAUCAGAAAGGAAUGAAGAAAAGACACUACAAGUGGAGACAGACAACAACGAAGGCAACGAAAGAGAAAAUAUAGAAAAGGCACUACAAGUGGAGACAACCAACAACGAAGGCAACAAAAGAGAAAAUAUAGAAAAGGCACUACAAGUGGAGACAGCCAACAACGAAGGCAACGAAAAAGAAAAUGUUUGUUUAGCAAGUAGAAGUUGUGGAAGAGAAGGAUUUCGCAGCUUCCAUGGCGAUCGUGAUAACAGGUGGAGAAGUGAUGGACAGAGACAAUUCAAUGAACAAAGGAAUGUCAUACAAUGUUACCAUUGUAGAAGGUAUGGUCACACAAAAUAUGAUUGUUGGUAUAAAAAUCAACUAAUGAAUUUUGCAGUAGAGAAUGGAGAAAAAGAAAAGUUGUUUAUGGCAUGCAUGGAUACGAAUCCAAAAGAAAGUAACUUAUGGUUUGUUGAUAGCGGAUGCUCGAACCAUAUGACAGACAUCAAAUCUUUAUUCCAAGAGCUUGAUGAGACGUAA